AUGGUCAGUUUGCAAAAUUCAUAUCAAAUGCGUCUUUCCCUUUCCUCAUCAGAGGAAAUGUUGCUGAAUGCCAAGGGUGACUGGAACCAGGAACUGCGAUCCCCAACCUUUAAAGUAGAGCUGGAGACGGAACCAAAGCCUAUUGAUCUCAAGCGGUCGCACGCCUCAUUUCUCGAAAGCUUUGCCGCAGAACCACCUCCCAGUUCCCCUUCGAAGAGAUCUCGAUAUUGUUCUGAAUCUGUCGAUAAUUUUAUUACACAUUGGCUUGAAUCUACUUCGGACGCUGCAUCAGCAUCAGACCGGCGAACAUACUGUCGUUCGGGCAGCUUUCUCGAUCCCUCAAACGACGACUACAUACCGAGAAGACCUGCUAAAUCUAUAUCGAAUAUGCCAUAUACAGAAGAAGAUAUGGGUAGCUCCGUGCCUAAACGAGACAAUGAUGGAUUUAUACUUCCACCAACACCGAGUCUAUACUCCGGUUCCAAUCCGGCUGGCGCUAGAAAUUCUGUAUCCAUGUCAACACCAGCAUCAAUUCGCCGGUCCUUGGUCGAUGAUCCCUUCUACCGAGUCAAUAACUUGUGCACCAAUCAUAUCUUCUUGCAAAACAGUUACCCUAAACAGUUUCCAGAACACGUCAACAGUUUGGUUGACCAUUUACAAAGAGAUCGUGAUUCCCCUGGUCCAACAUCUCAACAAAUCGAGGAAGAUGAGGAUUUGCAGCAUUUGUGGGUGGCAACAAAUCAAUGUGUCGGAGCAUCCGCUUCAUGUGUCAACAUCGCCGAAAAACUUAACCAACAACUCAGGCAAUGUCAAAACGAGAACAUCACAUUGCUCGAUACUACAGCCUUCAGCAUCGCCAUGAGCGGAACUGAAGCUCGUCUCUAUGUUUCCUGGAAACACAAUGAACUCGAUUACUACGUACAAAAGCUCAACAGCUACUUACUCCAAAACCCUAAAGACUACAUCGAGUUUCGAAAACAUGUUUUGAACAUUAUUGACUGGGGUAAGGACAAACGAUUGAAAGAGAUCCAAAGAUCGUUGGAUUUUCUUCUGGAGGAGAAUAGGAAGAGUGUCUCGGGGCAGCUAAAAUGUCGUACACCGCCUCUAUCCUCAUCGGACCAUGGACCCAAACAGCAAAAAAGACGUUCAACUUCAUCUUCUGAAACUCGUAGCCGCCGAGGCUCAAGGGGGAAUGAGAGGAAGACGCACAUACAGGAACAAGAGGGUGUACUGGAAAGGAGUGCAGAACCACAAUCACGAUACUGGAUCUUAGAUCCGGCGUCCAAUCGCUACUAUCAUAUUAAAGAAGGGGGGGCUAUUAUUUGGGGGGACGAACGUAAGUAA